UCCGUACUGUCGUUUAUCUGGCAAUACUACAAUCCGUACUGUACCUUAGGCUCUUCGGUCUUAUGUUGUCGAUUUAAUAUGAGCAACAAUGAGUAAAAGUUUUUAGGAAAUUAAAUAUGUUUUACACAAUUUUUACAAUGCACAGUAAUAUAAUUUGUUUUCUGAUACUUUGCUGCUUUUGUUUUACUUGUUGUCAUCUGCAAGAACGAGUUGAAGAAUUCAACAUUGAUGUUCAAAAAUUUCAAAGGGAACUGGUUCCAUUUCAAGAUGUUGCCGAAAUUCAGUCAAGUACAAAAGGCAUCAUCAAGCAGGCAAAUUUCUCCUUUGCGUCCUACUACAAUGACCAGAUGGUUCUGCAAGGAUCCCCACGCAAGGCGAUGGUGUGGGGCUAUGCAACAAAUGGCACACAGGGGAUGCCUGUCUUACUAACUGUGGCAGCUUUGAAUUCCACUGACACUUACAAGACAGUUGUUACACAACAGCUCAUAUGGAGUGUUGCAAUUGGUCCCUACGAGGCUGGAGGGCCAUACAAUGUGUCUGCCAAGCUGAAGUCUUCUGUGAUUACACUAACAGACAUCCUGUUUGGAGAUGUGUGGAUCUGCUCGGGUCAGUCCAACAUGCAGUACCCCAUGAGUAAAGUGUUCAACAGCACAGCAGAGCUGGCAGACACUGUCAACUACCCGGAUAUUCGGGUGUUUGUUGUGAAUGACAAGACAUCAAACAUGCCCCUCUCUGACCUUUCUGCCAAUGGUGGAAUACUUCUUCCAUGGACCAAGCCAUCUCCAGGUAAGGCCACCCACAUCUCUGACCUGUCUGCCAAUGGUGGAAUACUUCCUCCAUGGUCCAAGCCAUCUGCAGCCACCAUUGGAGGAAAGCAGUUCACCCAAUUUUCCGCAGUGUGUUGGCUCUAUGGGAAAUACCUGUAUCAGCAGCUGAAAAAACCUCUAGGUUUGGUAGAAACAAGCUGGGGUGGAACUCCUGUAGAAGCCUGGUCCUCUCCUGACGUCCUCAACAAAUGUGGCCUGAAACAGACCAAUCAGACCAAUCAACUGACACACCAUUAUGAGAGCAAUAACACCAUUGCACCUCUGGAAGGGCCUCAAGAGUUCUCUGUACUGUGGAAUGCAAUGAUCCACCCACUCCUGAACAUGUCAAUAUAUGGCGCCAUCUGGUAUCAGGGUGAAAACAAUGCCCUGGCUGGGCAUCACAUGGACAAGUAUAACUGUACGUUCCCUGGUAUGAUUGAUGACUGGAGGAAGAAGUUUCAUGCCUCCAGUGACACAGACUCUACAUUCCCUUUUGGUUUUGUGCAGCUAGCAGGCUAUCGGCCAGACUACUCGAUCAGUUCAGGUUUCCCGGACAUUCGGUGGCACCAAACGGCUGACUAUGGCUACGUUCCGAACCACCGUCUACGCAAAGUGUUUAUGGCUGUUGCCAUGGAUCUGCCAGACUUCCAAUCCCCUUUAGGAGCAAUUCAUCCCCGAGACAAGCAGGAUGUGGCUCGCCGUCUGGUGCUGGGUGGGCUGGCGGUGGGUUACGGACGGAAUGUGUCAUUUCAAGGCCCAUACCCAGUACAGGUGCACGUAUCACGGGAGCUACCCUACAACUAUACACAAGUCGAGAUACAGUAUUCAAUGGCUCUUACCCAGCUGUGGCUGGAUGGAUUUGAAAUCUGCUGUUCAUUUGCACGUCCAGCUGUGUGUGAGACGGGGAAGUCCUGGUGGCUGCCCACCACGACCAUGCAGGCAUACGACAGAGCUAAUGUGACAGAAAGCUACGCAUCCCAGUGUGACUUGGAGAGUCUUGUAGGCGUACGCUAUGCCUGGAAGGAGUCCCCGUGCCCCUUCAAGAAUUGUGCCAUCUACGGGACCCAAAACCACCUCCCCAUGCCUCCCUUCACUUACCACGGAGAGAGAUUUACCCGCCAUUUCAAGGCUGAUGGCAGUUUUCAUGUGGUUAUCAAAUGAUAAUCUAUGAUAUUCAAGAGAGUGAAGUUGUCAAUGUUGUCAUACUGAAUACAGUUUUGUUUUGCAUCAAAGAUGCUAUGUAUAUGUUGCUUAUUUAGACAUUUAUUUAACAUAAUGGAGGCUGAACUAUUGUAGAUUUAUAAUCUAUUUAUUAUAAUGAAAUGGGUUUUUCUUAUUAUAAAAUUUAUAUUAAGUUUGAGAUAAUGCCAUAGAUGUUAUGCUAAGUUGUUAAAGCACUUUCAAGAUCAAAGCUACUACUGAUUAUAAUGAGAAAAUUCAUUGAGUAAAAUUGUGCAAUGCAUAUUGUAAUAAGUCUGUGAUAUUUUGGAGAAAAAAUCACUGAGAUUAUGCUAAACUUUUUAUAGUUUAAGGUCAAAGGUUGUUUUAAGUCUUGAUGUCAUCAGCCGCAUUGUCAUGGUGCAUUUUUUCACCUUGGCCAUAACUCAUGAGCUGUUAAAGAUACUCAAAUGAAACAUGGUACAUAUCUUGCCAGACUCAGUACACACAUGAACAGGAAGGCCCAUAACUCUGGCUUUUAUAAAAAAAAUCAGUUAUGCACCUUGGUUGACUGGGGGAAAAACAGACAAGCAUUGGCUUUCGCACUGCUGCACUCUUGUUCUGUAUACAUUUUUUAAGCAAUAUAUUGCUAUUUUGAUAUCUUGUACAUUCCAUACUGCGUAUUCACAUUACAUGCGUUUUAUAUGAAUCUCAUGUUAAAGUUUCAGUUAAAAGUAUUUACUGCUUAUAAUAAUAAUAAUAUGAUUUGCAGAUCUGCUUUGUUUACAAUCAGUUUAAAUUUUUAUAGUUGAUGUGGGCUUCAUCAUAUCAAUUCCAUUUGAUCAUGUGUAAAUUGUUGUGCCUUAGCUUAAAUUGUAUAAUCAUUUAAAAAAAAGAAAAAGAAAAACAGUGGGACGAACAGUUUCUCUUAGGCCUUGAACCUAUUGUGCCUGUAAACCAUGGUGUAUAUUUUAUUUUGGCUUCUAGGGCCGUAUUAAAUGUAAUUUGUAUUUUAACCUUUGACCUGCCUCAGUGAUACCAUUCCCUCUAUAGUUCAGUUAUUUUUACAGUCCUAUCAAAUCACAUUGAUUCUAAUCUUAACCUAUUUUUCAUUAUUUUUAAAGUAUAAUCGAAUCACUCUAUUCUAAUCUUCAAUUUAAGUUUAAUCUAAGUUGUUUUUGAACAUGGCCCCUGGGGUGUAUACGUUGUAUUAUUUUAUUAUAUUUUAGUUGGAAAAUACUGCUCUUAGUAUAAUCAAAAUGAAAAGUUAAUAUUAUCAAAAUAGGAACAUAGAGACAAUAAAAUUUAUGAAUGUAACAGUUUAUAAGUUACAAAUUUACUAAUGUAUAACAUGGGUUUCUUGAGUAACACAUGUAUAAAUGUAGCACAUGGGUUUCUUGAGAAACAGAUUGAUGAAUGUAUCACAUGGGUUUCUUGAGUAACAAGAUUAUAAAUGUAUCACAUGGGUUUCUUGAGUAACAAGAUUAUAAAUGUAUCACAUGGGUUUCUUGAGAAACAGAUUGAUGAAUGUGUCACAUGGGUUUCUUGAGAAACAGAUUGAUGAAUGUAUCACAUGGGUUUCUUGAGAAACAGAUUGAUGAAUGUAUCACAUGGGUUUCUUGAGUAACAAUUUAAAAAGAAAAUCAUGAAUGUAUCACAUGGGAUACUAGAGUAAUAAAUUAAUGAAUGUAUCACAUGGGUUUCUUGAGUAACAAUUUAAAAAACAAAUUCAUGAAUUUAUCACAUGGGUUUCUUGAGUAACAAGUUUACAAAUGUAACGCAUGGAAUUCUACAGUAGCAAAUUUAUAAAUGUAUCACAUGGGUUUCUUGUUGAACAAAUUUAUAAAUGUAUCACAUGGGUUUCUUGUUGAACAAAUUUAUAAAUGUAUUACAUGGUUUCUUGUUGAACAAAUUUAUAAAUGUAUCACAUGGGUUUCUUGUUGAACAAAUUUAUAAAUGUAUCACAUGGGUUUCUUGUUGAACAAAUUUAUAAAUGUAUCACAUGGGUUUCUUGUUGAACAAAUUUAUAAAUGUAUCACAUGGGUUUCUUGUUGAACAAAUUUAUAAAUGUAUCACAUGGGUUUCUUGUUGAACAAAUUUAUAAAUGUAUCACAUGGGUUUCUUGUGGAACAAAUUUAUAAAUAUAUCACAUUUGUUUCUAGUUGAACAAAUUUGUAAAUGUAUCAUAUGGGUUUCUAGAGUAACAAAUUUAUAAUGUUUCACAUGGGUUUCUAUUGUUACAAUAUUUUUUAACAUAUCACAUGGGUUUUUGAUUAACAAGUUUAUAAAUAUAUCAUAAUAACACUAAGCUGGCUGGACCAGCAUUUAUUGAUAAGACUAUUUCUUUAUUUUUGUGUUAUAAGGAUUCAAAAAGUGCUUCAAGCAAUAUCUUAAGAAUAAUCUUACAACUAUUGAAAUAUAAUUAAGAUUUUUUACCUAUACCGAAUGUCAGCUUGUUUGUGUGUUUGUAUUUGUGUGUAAGUGGUGUAAGUUUGUUUAUUGUAUUUGAUUAUGUGGUGAUUAUACAUGUGUGUCUCUAGUUCAUUGCUGUUUGGGCCCUUAAGGGGCCUUGUGCUCCUAAACAGGGUUUAUUUUUGAAUGUUUCGACUUCUGGGCAUGUCCCUGUAUUUUUUUAUUGUAUAAUGUAUUAUCUAUUCAGAAGUGAUUUUGUGAUAUUAAGGAAUAUACCAUAUAUAAAUGACUUGUAUUCUUGUAUUGAAUAAAAUUAUUUUCCCCUGUUA